CUCCGGCAGGCGGUGUCAUGGCGGCCGUUGAGGUGGCAGCGGCCGGCGCUGCCGGGCGGAGCCGCUGAGCCCGGGGAUGCGCACGGCGCCGGCGAAGGGCUCUCCGGGAGCGUUCUGCUGAGCCCGCGUAAGAGCUUCGAUCUCCCCGGCGAGGAGAAGAGCGGAGGCGGCCACCCCCUUCGCCAAGCCGGUGCUGCCAGGCGCGGAGCCGGGAGCUGCUGAGUGCGGAGGCCUGCGGCCGGCCGAACCAUGGCGUCGUGGCUGGGCGGGCUGGGCUCGGGGCUCGGCCAGUCCCUGGGGCAGGUGGGGGGCAGCCUGUCCUCGCUCACCGGGCAGAUCUCCAGCUUCACCAAGGAUAUCCUGCUGGAGGGCGCGGAGGAAGUGGGCGAUGCAGCAACAGAGCUACACGUGUCCAAUUCCAGAUUCAGAGAAAUAGAAAGUAUUAAUGCAGCACAGAAGUCUGAAAACGAGAGGCUGAAAAAAGUUUGUAGUGACUUAGAGGAAAAGCAUGAAGCAGCAGAGCUUCAAAUAAAACAGUUAUCUGUGGAGUACCGAAAUCAGCUGCAACAGAAAGAGGUGGAAAUCAGCCAUCUAAAAGCUCGACAGAAUGCUUUACAGGAGCAGUUGCAGAAACUUCAGACCGCUGCUCAGUCAGCACAGUUAGGAGGUGGUGUUUCACAACCAGCCACUACAUCAGCCUCCUUUGCUCCUGUGGUUAGACAUUCCUCAGGUUUUGAAGGCGAUGACAUGGAUUUUGGGGAUAUAAUCUGGUCUCAACAAGAAAUAAACAGAUUGUCCAAUGAAGUUUCUAGACUUGAGUCUGAGGUUGACCACUGGAAGCAGAUUGCACAAUCUUCCAAAGUGCAAGGAGCAAAUGAUGCUGAACAAAGCGAAAUAUGCAAACUGCAAAAUAUCAUUAAGGAGCUCAAACAGAACUUAAGUCAAGAAAUAGAUGAACAUCAACAUGAACUUUCGGUGUUGCAAGAUGCACACAGACAAAAGUUAAUAGAGAUAAGUCGUCGACAUCGAGAAGAGCUGAGUGAAUAUGAAGAGCGGAUUGAAGAACUUGAGAAUCAGUUACAGCAAGAUGGUGUAAGUACUGAUGCCAUGGUUGAUUCUAAAAUUAGUGAACAGGAAAAGACCGCUCAGAAUCUAGAAGGAGGGAAAGCGGACAACUUGCAAAUGAUAAAGGACCUAGAGGAUGAAAUAAGAAAAUUAAAUCAGAAGUUAUCUUCUACCAAAGAAGAAAACAAAAUUCUUCUGAAAGAGCAAGAACUGUUAAAGGUAGAAAAAAUCCAACUAACCCAGGAACUUGAAAGUCUAAAAUCUGACUUCAGUAUGCUUCAAAGUUCUGUUGCAGAGCAAGGUGCUCUCUUGAAAGAACAGAAGUCUCAAUCCAAGACACCGCUACCAGAAGAUGUUGUCAGUCUGCAACAAGCACUGUUAGAAGCAGAAAGAGAAAUAGCAAGGCUUUCAAGUUUAAGUCAGGCUGACAAUCCUGUUUAUAUGGCAGAAGAUGUUCAGGCAUUUACAUUAGAUCUCCAAGUUCUUAAAGAAGAAAAUCUUAAACUUAGGAAUGAAAAGGAGGAACUUGAGAAGGAACUUCUAAAUGCACAAUGUAAAAAUGAGAAUAUUAUUUCUGCAUAUACUGAGGAUCAGAAUUCAGAGUUAAGACAGUUAAAGCAAGAUUUGGAAAGGAAAGAACAUGAAUUAAAUGAAAGUAUUGCUGAAAGAGAAACAUUAAUAGCAGAAUUGGAAGAACUAGACAAGCAGAAUCAAGAAGCUACUCAGCAUAUGAUUACACUGAAAGAGAAGCUGUCAAGACAACACAUAGAAACUGAUGGCAUCACCAAACAGCUGAAAUUUGACAUAGAUGUUGAAAGAAAGAAAGUAGCAAAAUUAGAAAUGGAGAAGAUGGAAACUAUUAAGGAGUUAGAUACUCAGAAAGAGAAACUAAGUCAAUGCUCGUAUGCACUUAAUGAUUUGCAUAUAAGUAAGCAACAACUUCAAGAUAACGUUAGAAACCUUCAGGAGCAGUUGAAGAAGGCCCAGGACUGUAACUUGCAUAAUAAAAUAGAAAUUAGAGAAUUGCAACAAAGACUGAAAGAAAGAGAGGAGGAACUUUCUCUGUCCUUGAGCAAAUUAACAGAAAAUAUUGAGCAGGCAUCUAGCCACAGUAGUCAAGAUCUGAUUCUGAAAGAAAAAGAAGCAGAAAUUGUGAAAUUACAGAAUAAACAACUGGAAAAUAAGCAACUAAAUGAAGACUUAGAGAAAUCUCUGUCUGAUCUCAAAACAGAAAAUGGAAAGCUAGUAGCAGCCUUUGAAGAACUAAAACAGGAGUUAAAUGAUACAAUUUCUGAGAAGAAUAAAGUUUGCUUAGAGAAAGACACAGUUGUGGAAGCUUUGAAAUUGGAAAAAAGGCAUUUAGAAACAGAAUUAAGCCAGGCUGAAAAACAACUUUUUGAACAAGCACACAAGUAUGAGCAAACUAUUGAGGAGCUAUCAAAUGCCCGUAGUAUGGAUACCACUGCGUUGCAGCUUGAACAUGAGCGCCUGGUUAAACUCAAUCAGGAGAAAGAUUUUAAGAUUGCGGAACUCAAAAGGGGCAUGGAGCAGAUGGAAGUUGACCAUCAAGAAACAAAAGAGAUGUUAACUACUAGCUUAGGGGGACAAAAGCAGUUGACUGAACUUAUAAAAGAAAAGGAGGAAUUUAUUGAAAGACUUAAAAAUCAAGCCUCGCAGGUGAAGCAGGAACUUGAGGAACAUAGGGAAGUUUCAAGAAAGCAGGAUGUCUUAAAACAGAACUUAGAGGAGAAAGACAAAAGUCUUGCUAUAAUGAAGGAAGAAAACAAUCAUUUGAAGGAAGAAAUUGAACGUUUUAAGGAUCAGCAAAGUCGAGCAACUCCUGUGGUUGAGCCUAAAACUCUAGAUAUUAUUAUUGAACUUGAAAGUGAAGUGACACAAUUGAAAGUGAUAAAGAAUAAUCUUGAAGAAGAAAUAGAAGUUCACAAAAAAACAAUAGAAGACCAGAAUCAAAAAACAGUACAACUUCAGCAGUCCUUGCAGGAGCAAAGAAAGGAAAUAGAUGAGUCUAAAUUUCAGUGUGAACAAAUGAAUGUUACACAUGAAAGACUUUCUUUAGAGAAAGAUGAGGAAAUUAAAAAUUUGCAGAAAACAAUUGAGCAAAUUAAAACUCAGUUGCACAAAGAGAGACAGGUUAUUCAGACUGAUUCCACUGAUCUUUUUCAGGAAACAAAAGUUCAGACACUUAAUGGAGAAAAUGGGAAUGAAAAACAUGACUUAUCGAAAGCUGAAAUUGAAAGGCUAGUAAAAGGUAUCAAGGAAAGGGAGAUGGAGAUUAAGCUUCUAAAUGAAAAGAAUUUUUCCCUAAGUCAACAAAUCGAUCAGUUGUCUAAAGAUGAAGUUGGCAAACUUACUCGAAUCAUUCAAGAGAAAGACUUAGAAAUACAAGCUCUCAGUGCUAGAGUUUCCUCAGCUUCCUAUCGGCAGGAUGUCCUUGGUCUUCAGCAGCAGCUACAAGCUUAUGUCAUGGAAAGAGAACAAGUACUAGCAGUUCUAAGUGAAAAGACAAGAGAGAACAGUCAGUUAAAAACAGAGUACCAUAAGAUCAUGGAUAUGGUGGCUGCUAAAGAAGCAGCUUUGGUAAGGUUGCAAGAAGAGAACCAAAAAUUAUCUAAUAGAUUUGAAAAUAGCAGUCAAGAUAUGUUUAGAGAAACUAUUCAAAAUUUAUCCCGUAUCAUUCGAGAAAAAGAUAUUGAAAUAGAUGCUCUAAGUCAGAAAUGCCAAACUUUAUUGACUGUCUUGCAGACAUCCAGUACGGGUACUGAUAAUGGCUCAGGAGGUGUUAACAGUAACCAGUUUGAGGAACUUUUACAAGAACGUGAUAAAUUAAAACAGCAAGUAAAGAAGAUGGAAGAGUGGAAGCAGCAGGUAAUAACCACAGUUCAGAACAUGCAGCAUGAGUCAGCUCAUCUCCAAGAAGAGCUACAAAAGCUUCAAGCACAGAUUUCAGUUGAAAGUGAUAGCAAUUCAAAAUUGCAGGUAGAUUAUAAUGGCUUGAUUCAGAGUUAUGAACAAAAUGAGAAAAAAUUAAGAAGUUUUAGUCAAGAAUUAGCACAAGUUCAGCACACCAUAGGACAGCUUCAUAAUACCAAAGAUCUUCUCCUGGGUAAACUUGAUUUGGUAACACCAUCUGUGACAAUGGCUUCCAUCAUUUCACAGCCUUCAGUCGUGCAAAGCAGCACUCCUGAAGUACUCAGUGAUGAAUCUAAACUCCUUCAGAAGGAAUUGGAACAGCUGAAAAAAAAGCUGCAAGAAAAAGAUUCAACUAUUAGGACUCUUCAGGAAAACAAUCAACGAUUAUCCGAUUCUGUGGCUACAGCAUCAGAGUUUGAAAGGAGGAGUCAAGAAGAGACUGAUUCAGAGAUGAGGCAGAUAAGAGAAAAACAUGAUGUCUUACAGAAAUCUCUUAGAGAAAAAGACAUACUGAUUAAAUCAAAAAGUGAUCAGUUACUUUCUGUGAGUGAAAAUCUUAGUAACAAAGAAAAUGAAAAUGAACUUUUAAAACAAGCUGUGACUAAUCUCAAAGAAAGGAAUUUAAUAUUAGAAAUGGAUAUUCGAAAACUGAAAGAAGAAAAUGAAAAAAUAGUUGUAAGGUGUAGAGAAAAAGAAACAGAAUUCCGAGCACUUCAGGAAACUAAUAUGCAAUUUUCAAUGAUGCUGAAAGAGAAAGAGUUUGAGUCCCACUCAAUGAAGGAAAAAGCUCUUGCUUUUGAGAAGCUAUUGAAAGAGAAAGAACAGGGCAAAACGGGGGAAUUGAAUCAACUGCUCAAUGAGGUUAAAUCGAUGCAGGAAAAGGCUGCUAUUUUUCAGCAAGAGAGAGACCAAGUUAUGGUUGCACUCAAACAGAAGCAAAUGGAGAGCAGUGCCCUACAGAAUGAGAUACAGCAUUUGCAUGAGAAAGAGCAGCGCCUAAAUCAGGAACUGGAGAGGCUGCGUAACCACCUUAUAGAAAUGGAGGACUCCUAUACACGAGAAGCCUUGGCUGCAGAAGACAGAGAGACCAAGCUAAGAAAAAAAGUUUCAGUUUUGGAAGAAAAACUCGUGUCUUCCUCUACUGCAGUGGAGAAUGCCAGUCAUCAAGCUAAUCUGCAGGUUGAAUCCUUGCAAGAUCAAUUAAACCUGGUUUCCAAGCAGAGAGAUGAAACAGUGCUACAGCUUGCCAUCUCACAGGACCAAGUGAAACAGUAUGCAUUGUCACUGACCAACCUGCAGAUGGUACUAGAGCAAUUCCAACAGGAAGAAAAAGCCAUGUAUUCAGCAGAGCUGGAAAAACACCAAAAAGAGACUGCAGAAUGGAAAAAAAAAGCCCAAAACUUAGAAGAAAAAGUUGCUUCGCUACAGGAAAAUUUAGAAGAGGCGAAUGCUGCACUGGAUGCAGCAUCAAGGCUUACUGAGCAACUUGAUGUUAAAGAGGAGCAGAUUGAAGAGCUUAAAAGAGAAGAUGAGCUUCUGGAUUGCUCUUGUUUAGAAAUAUGCUUUUCAUACUGUUCUCUGAUUAAAUACUUUGACAUUUUACAACCUUUGUUACUUUGGAUUUGAAGACAAAAAUUGGCUAAAGAAGAGUUUGCCUGGAGAAACGAUUUUGAAAAGGAGGAGUAUUUACAGUGAGUGUGGUGAAAAGAAUAGUUUGCUCAGAGAGGUUUGUCCAUCCAUGGAGAUACUCAGAACCUGUCUGCACACAGUUCAGGACACCCUGCUCUAGCUGAGCCUUCUUGAACUGAGGGGGUUGGACUGGGUAACCUAAGGAGGUCCCUUCCAACAUAAAUGAUUCUGUGUCUGUGAAUGGCAUGGAGAUGGGUAUUUUCUCUCUUCACUGGAAUGUAAAAUCUGUGGUAGGUACAUAGCCUUCUCUUUGUAAGCACUUCUAGCAUUAAAGCUGUAUAAGAAAGACUAAACAGGCAGAAUACAGUGUAGGAAAAACUAGUACCAUUUUUAUGAAUUUCUGCUUUAUGGUCUCAAACUUUAAUCAAAUAGAAAAAACUAAGUGGUUUCUGUGUAAUGUAUUUGAAUGCCAGACAUCAGUAAGAUUUUACAAGCUCAGACUCGAUUAGAGAUGAUGCAAUAACUAUAUGAAUAACAUAAGAUCACUGUGGUGUUCUUUCUUCAUUAAUAUCAGCUUUCAUGAGAAAGGAGUUGUAUCAUUAAGUAAAGCAGAACUUAGAACUAAUAGUAAUUUUGUUGGAUUUCUGUCCUUAAAUCUCAGCCCUGGCAUGUAAUUUUUUCUUCAGUGUUUCCUUGAGCCACAAGGGGAAAUGGUCUGUCUAGCUGUGUGACGGUUCUCACAUGAGUGUUUAACAGUACCAACUAUUGAGGGGGUAUUAACAUCUUUUUCUUCAAUCACUGUUAUUUGUGUUAUUUGUCUUUUUCUCUUCUGUUUUCCAACUGAGUUCUGCUUUUUCUUUCCUUCUUUUUCUGUGGGUUACCAUAUUUUGCUGUUACUGCCACAUCCUUUGUUGCAGUCUGACUUUCAGGUGUAUAUGUGCGAUAAAUAUGCAGCAAGAGGAGCCCUCCAAGGGGGCUCUCAAAGGAGAGUUUGAAGGGCAGAGACUUGCUCACAUUCUGCAGUCUCAGACCUUCUGAUUUUUUUCCCCCCCUUAAUAUCUGUGGGAAAUCUGGGGGUGAGGUCUUUUAGUGAAGGGUUGCUAUAGGAAGGUGCUUGCAAAAUCACCUCUGCUGAAUGCAGUGGUAACUCUUUUAGCUCUGACCAUAUUGAACUAAUUUUUGCUAUUCAUUCUUAAAUUGUGAUUUGUUUUCCUCUUGGAAUAUAAAAUAUUUUCUUAAAGUAGACUUGCUUGUGAUCUUACAAUUAGUGUGAAUAGCCAUUAAAAAGCCCUUGCGUUUUCAGAAGGAACUCAAAAAAGCUGCAGCUUUUUCAUAACUACACAUUAUAUGAAUGUAUUUUAUCCGUAAGUGCAGUUUGAUGUCCCAGUGGGCACCAUAGUAUUGUUUUGAGUUCACAUAUGAACUUUACAAACUGAAUCAAGUUUCACUCUGCAUCAGUCUACUAUUAAUUGAGUAGAUUUUGUUUUUAAUCGGCUGUUCUUUAUUCUCUCUCUCUUACAAGAGUCAUCACAGUGGAAAUGUUCAAAGACUCUGGAUUGAAAAUAGCUUUAACAUAGGCAAAUUUGGCGCUAUUAUUUGGAGAGCUCUUGUGCUACUGGUUAAUUUGAUAGCUAAGCUUCCUGAAAGCGUAAGGAAUAAUGUGUUAAUGGAUUUGAACUGUGAGAGAAAACUGGGCCUCAGUGUUUUAUCAAACCGGCCGUAGUGGCAAGCAAUUUACUUGUUUAAAAUUGAAAGAAAUUGUUUUGUAACGGAAGAAGCACUUCAAUAUUGUUGUAGAAUAAAUCAUUAUUUUUACUGAAAAAGAGACCAUUCCAUUUUUUCUGUUUAUACAAGAAAACAUAUAAUGUCUUAUUGAAAACUAGCCAAAUACAUUCCCAGACAUGGUUUUGUUGGCCAAAUCCUUUGAUGGAUUUCUUUAUGGAUUUUUUUUGGCAGGAGAAGUGAUUUUAAUGGAAAAGUAUAAGAUGUACCAGAUGCAGUUUUUGGGAUUGCCAUAAAUGGUUAACAAAUUAUUAGAGACUGCUGUAAAUGUCUGGUUUACAGCAGUCCAUGCUGAAUUUUGGCUCAGGUCUUCUUUAUUAUUCAGUCUUUUCAUGCACACGGAGUACAUGCUUAAAUCCUUUUCAACUAUAAGGUUCCAUUUUAGAAGGAAAUAUUCCAUUUAAAAACAUGUCCAAGGGUAGAGCUGUAAUCACCGUGAAUGAAUGUAGCCAUGUAGCUGUCCUUAAAAGUUGAUUCUCUGAUAUAACAAUUUUCUCAGGAAAAAAUAGAAAACAGAAGUAACAUUUCACUUCAAAAACUGUUAAUUGGUUUGUUUUAAUAAGGUAAGAAGGAAGCUUGCUGGUAUCUCGCCAAUUAGAGCAAAACAUCUUUCAACAUCUUGAAACAAACCCUAUUUUCAGAUGUUGUUUCUCUUUUUUUAAUCAAAAUUGGUAGUUUAACAUUUUAAAAUUCUUUUAUUCUGUGGAAACCUAAAUAACCACUCAGCUUCCAUGGUUCACCUGCAGUUUCAUUCAAAUUUGGGGGUCCUGUUUAACCGCGCUUGCAAAGAAGCAUAAUUUUAAGCAAUGUUCCCAGCAUGACACUAAUUAGUUUGUUCUACUCUUUACCUUCCAAAAGUCAUACUGGGGAAGUAUUUAUGAAAAGUUGUGGAGUAUUUGAACAGGACACAUGUCACAGCCUAGCUCUCUGUGUAGAUGCACCAGAACUCUCACAGGUUCUCAGGGAGGUACUGCUGUUAAAUAGAGAACCAUGUAGUGACAUGCAUUUAUUAAAGACUGAAAGUCACAUGGAAACCAGAAUGGAAAAUUUUUAUGCAUCUCAAAUGAUUCAGAAAUUAUAAAACUUCCUACAAGUCACUUUUUCUUCUUCCCUCAUUUCCAUCUUCACACAAGAGAAAUGUGAUUAUUUCAAAGGAUUUCAAGAUACCGAGUCAUUCCUACAAAUACUUAC